GGAAGAAACUGUCCCUGAAGCUGGACGUGUGCUUUUUCACACUUCUGUACCUCUUGCCUGAUGGGGGAGGGGAGAAGAGGGAGUGACCAGGGUGAGACUGACAUCUGCAAUUCCACCUGCCUUAGUGAAUACCUGGAUCUCUGCCAAGCAACGCACCAGUUCCCUGCCUCAGGGCUCAGCCACCAAGAAGUGAAACUGAAACAUACAGGCACUCACUCUCUGCUGAGCAACAUGAAGAGAAGCAUCUUUCACUGGGGGGAGCUGGGCAGUAGGUUCAGGGGAUCGAAACCCAACAAAGUCCGAAAACUGAUCCAGGCCACCCCUUGGGAAGAACUUGCUGACAACGAGGAAAUUGACCACAUCUGCUGCAGCCCUCAUCUGACUGUGUUCGUCCUGAGGGAUGGCAGGGUUUAUACACGGAGCAACAGCCACAAGAGGAGUGGACAACUGGAGCUGAUCACUGCGAUACAGGACGAGAAGAUUCAUACAGCAGACAUCGGUGGCUCCAACAUCCUCUACGUGUCUGAGGCAGGAAAUGUAUACAUCAGUAAAGUCCCAAACCAAAAAUGUGGAGUGGCAAAUAAAUCUUUCAUCGUCACAAAACCAAAGUUACUCACCAGCUUUGUAGGGAGGUGUGUCGUUCAAGUUGCCUGUGGAAGCAAUCACUCUCUGGCUCUCUGCAAAGAUGGUCAAGUCUUUGCGUGGGGCAAGAACACAAAUGGUCAACUGGGAGUGGGCGAGGCCGUUGGUACCACGCACAGUCCGCAGCACGUGACAGCGCUGGCUGGUAUUCCCUUGGCUCAGAUCACAGCGGGAGGAUCCCACACCAUUGCAGUGUCUCUGUCAGGGACAGUGUUCGCUUGGGGAGCAAAUCACCGUGGACAGCUGGGUCUAAACGAUGUGAAAGCUCGAUACCAUCCCACUUGUGUGAAGCUUCUGGAGUGUAAGAAAGUCGUGCAGGUGUCCUGUGGGGCCCACCACACUGCUGUGCUGAACAAGGAUGGGCUUGUUUACACCUUUGGAGCGGGAACAUACGGUCAACUCGGCCACAACUCUGACAGAGACGAGCUGAAACCUCGGCUGCUCGAGGGGCUGGAUGGAAUCAAAGUCUCCCAGAUUGCCUGCGGGAGUUCCCACACCAUGGUGUUCAGUUCGGCAUCGGGGCAACUCUAUUCCUUUGGCCGUGGAGAGAACGGGCAGUUGGGAACCGGACAAACCAUUGACCAUUUUGUGCCUUGCCUGGUCACCUUCUCAACAGACGGGACCCACAACCUGCAGCCUGCUCCUGGAGGUCUGCUCCAACCAGCUGUGAAAAGGAUAUUUGCUGGUGCCAACCAGAGCGUUGCCUUGUGCUUUGGUGUUAAGGCCUCACACUCUGCUGACUACCAGUCUUCAUUCAAUCCUCUAAGGAGAAUUGUCAUGGCUGAAGACUCAUUCUGGAACACCUGGAGCAUUCUGGAUAAUGGGGAGCUACAGAAGGACAUCAAAGAGGAGAUUGGUCACAUUUUCUCCGCUGAAUGCCUCAACGGGAGCUUCUUGGAAGUCAGUGGGGAUGAACAUUUCAAAACAGGCAGGGAAACCUCAGGAGUCGACCUGUCAGCUGCAAGUCUCUGGUUCGAGAAACUGGGAAAACAUCCCAUACUUUUGCAAGAGGUCACGACCACAGUGGAGGAAAUUCUAAUUCCCUCCUUGACCAAGUCUCCUGCUGGUGUAGAAGCUCUUCGAGUCUAUCUUGUUCUGCCAGAACUCAUAGAUAUCCAGAUGGAGGAGAACAACUCAGUGAAACUCGCAGGUCUUCUGAGUGCAGCCAUGGUGGCUCUGGAAGAAAGCCAACUGCAGAUACUUGAAUCGUGGUGGAGUAGCCUCAAUGAAUUUUUUUUCAACAAACUGGUGAAUUUGUUCAGAAGUGCAUCGCACUUCCUUCUUCAGGGGACUUCUAGCAAGCAAGAGACAUUUCCUAAAGAACUUCACAGUUGUCUAUCUAUUUUGCAGAGGCUUUUUAGGGUCAAUUCCACCAGAAAGCCUAAAUACCAGGAGAACAAAUUCUACAUCUGUGCACAAGAAGUUUUUGGUGACACAGGUGUCUACUGUAAAGCAUUGCUAGAACUAAUUCCCUACCCUUGUAUUUUUAAUAUGGAAACCAAAAUUUUGAUUUUCACGAUAAUCUGUCAGCUGAGUAUUUCUAAUAAGAAUAUCACUGAUUACGGUAUAAUAUUGGGCAAUAUUAACAGCACUCAUGCAUCUGCUUUGGUUAUCAAUGUAUCUGCUGGUUUAGAAAUGGAUGCAUAUACUGAAAACAUUGUUGCUUCUGCUGGAGAUACUGUUACAUCCACUGGGAUCAUUGAGGCUUCUGCUGGAGAUACUGUUACAUCCACUGGGAUCAUUGAGGCUUCUGCUGGGGAUAUUAAUACAUCUACUGGGAUCAUUGAAGCAUCAGCUGAAGAUACCGAUACAUCUACUGGGAUCAUUGAGGCUUCUGCUGGAGAUACUGAUACAUCUACUGGGAUCAUUGAGGCUUCUGCUGGAGAUACUGAUACAUCUACUGGGAUCGUUGAGGCUUCUGCUGGAGAUACUGAUGCAUUUACUGGGAUCAUUGAGGCUUCUGCUGGAGAUGCUAAUACAUCUACUGGGAUUGUUGAAGCAUCAGCUGAAGAUGCCGAUACAUCUACUGGGAUCAUUGAGGCUUCUGCUGGAGAUACUGAUACAUCUACUGGGAUCAUUGAGGCUUCUGCUGGAGAUACUGAUACAUCUACUGGGAUCAUUGAGGCUUCUGCUGGAGAUACUGAUACAUCUACUGGGAUCAUUGAGGCUUCUGCUGGAGAUACUGAUGCAUUUACUGGGAUCAUUGAGGCUUCUGCUGGAGAUACUGAUCCAUUUACUGGGAUCAUUGAGGCUUCUGCUGGAGAUGCUAAUACAUCUACUGGGAUUGUUGAAGCAUCAGCUGAAGAUACCGAUAUGUCUACUGGAAUCGUAGAAGUCUCAAAUGAGAACACAGAAAUACCUACAAGGGACAUUGAAGCCUCAACUGGGAACCCUAAUGCAUCUGCUGGGAUCAUAGAUCUCUCAGCUGGAAACACUGAAGCAUCUAACAGUAUUCUUGAUGCUUCCAGUGCAAACAUUGAAGUCUCUAUGCAGAACAGUACAUUCACAGAUAUCGAUCAUAGUUUGGAGUUUGAUAUUUCUACCAGUGCAAUUGACGAACCUAUCGGGAUUGUUGAUGCCCCACAGAAGAACACUGAUGGCCCUACUCAGAUCAAUGAUGUCUUGACUGCAAGCACUGAGACAUCCACUGGGAACAUUGAGAUAUCUACUGGGAUGAUUGAAAUGUCAGCUGGAGAUAAUGGGAGUACUGAAACAUUGACUGGGAACACUGAGACAUGUGCCAGGGUGAAUGAUGUACCAAGUGGGAACUCCGAAACAUCUACUGAGAUACCUACUGGGAUAAUUGAAAUCUCAACUGGGAUCAGUGAUUCACUUACUGAGAUCAUUGAAGCCUCAGCUGGAGAUAAUGGGAGCACUGUAACAUUGACUGGGAACACUGAGGCAUGUGCUGCGAACAUUGAAACAUCCACUGGGAACACUGAGGCAUCUACUGGGAUGAUUGAGAUUUCUACACGGAACCCAGAACCAUUGACCGAAAUCAUUGCUACAUCUGCGAGGACUAUUGAGACGUCUACUGGUAACACUAAUGACUCGAAUGGGAUCGUUCCUGCCCCUGCACUAAGCCUUGAGUUAUCUAGUGGGAUCGACAUGAACUCCCCUGAUGUCAAUUUUGAAUUUGAUUCAACUGCUGAAGAGGACGAUUGUGAAGAUAACACUUACUAUUUUGACUAUGAAGACAUUGACAUUGAUUUCUUUUACCUUGAAAUGAGAGCUGCAAUGAAUAGGAUUUUAAAUAUUGGCAGCUGUUUUCUACUUAUCAACAGAACAGAGAUCCUUCAAAACACAUUGACACAACUACGAUCCUAUCAGACAACUGCAUUGCGUGGCUAUUUUCAGGUCAUAUUUAUAGGUGAGGAAGCCGUUGACGAAGGUGGAGUUUCACGGGAGUUCUUCACUGUUAUUGCCACGGAAUUUUGCAGUCGACCAAAGAUCCUCAAGCAAUACGAUGAAUCCAGACUUGUUUGGUUCCCGGAAUGGGAGCCAGAAAUCAAUGAUGUAUUUCGCCUGCUGGGCAUUAUCUGCUGGCUGGCCCUGUACAAUGGUUAUGUGGCGGACUUCCACUUCCCAUUGGCCCUCUACAAGAAGCUGCUAAAUGAACAACCUACUCUCGAUGACCUGAAGGAACUCUCCCCAACAGUCGGCCGAAAUCUUCAGGAGCUUCUCAAUUAUGAGGGUGAUGACUUGGAGGAGAUAUUCUGCAUGGAUUUCACAAUUGGGGCAGACAUGGCUGAUGGAUCAAUAACCAGACAUGAACUCAUUCCUAAUGGUAAAAACAUUCCAGUGCAAAGCCACAACAGGAAGUUAUUCGUUGACAAAUAUGUGGACUACAUAUUUAACACAUCGGUGGAGAAACAUUUCCAAGCUUUCUCUGAAGGGUUUCGAUAUGUUCCUUUGCCAGUUGUAGAUUUGUUCCUUCCUGACGAAUUGAUGGCUCUUCUCCAAGGAAACAUGCUGUACGACUGGCCUCAGCUGGAGGAGAACGCCAGUUACAGGUCGGGCUACACAAGAACGGAUGAAGCCAUUGUCCAGUUCUGGCAGAUGUUUCAUGAGCUAACCCAGGAGGAGAAGAAGCAUUUCCUGGCCUUCCUCACAGGUUGUGACAAGGUUCCCAUUGGAGGCAUGGGCAAGUUCAGGAUCGUCAUUCGGCAGGAUUUCAGACUUGAUCCGGAUUUGUACUUCCCGACUGCUCACACCUGCUACCAAAUGCUGGAUCUUCCCCGGUACAGCAGUGCGGAGAUCCUGAGGGAGCGGUUCCUCCGAGCGAUUGGAUGCAGUCGGGGGUUUGGGAUUGCCUAGUGGCUGAAAUCAUCUGCUGCUCCUGAGCGUCUCUGAGCAAGCGGAAAUCAUGUCGCACGUGCCCAAUGGUUCAGUGGUUUCUUUAUUAUCACGUGUAGCAAGGCACGGUGAGAAGACAGUCUCAGCAAGACCCAGGCAGAGAUGAGGAGGUACCAGGCCCUUCGGCCCACCAUGUCUGCGCUGAACACAAUGUCAAUUUCCCAGUCACCAGUGCAAAGCACCACACAACGUGCUGGAGUAACUCAGAGGGUCAGGCAACAUCCAUGGCAACAUGGGUGGGUGAUGUUUUCGAUCGGGUCGGGAAGGAUCCUGAGUUAUUCCAGCAUUUUGUGUCUUGUUUGUUUGUAAACCAGCAACUGGAGUUCCUCAUAAUGACAGGUAGAUCUGUUAUCAUAAGUGUUUCCACUAACACAGAUUGGAUGUCACACAACUGUUACAUUGGGGAACAUCCCUUUUAUUACUUUUAUAACCUUUUAUUGGUUAUAAUAGCAUUUCGAUCAGGAACUAGAAAACUGCUUAAAUGUAACUUUGAAAAUUGCUAAGCAUUAAAAAAACCUAUCCUAGAGUCAUAGAAUGAUACAGUGUGGAAACUGUCCCAUUAGCCCAACUUGACCACACCGUCCCAGCUACACUAGUCCCACCUGCCUGCGCUUGGUCCAUAUCCUUCCAAACUUGUCCUAUCUCUUUCCCAGAGUAAGGGAAUCGAGAACCAGAGGACAGAGGUUUAAGGUGAAGGGGGAAAGAUUUUAUAGGAGUCUGAGAGGUAACUUUUUUACACAAAGGGUGGUGGUUGUAUGAAACGAGCUGCCUGAGGAGGUAGUUGAGGCAAGGACUAUUGCAACAUUUAAAAAGCAACUAGACAGGUACAAGGAUAGGACAGGUUUAUAGGGAUAUGGGCCAAACGCAAGCAGGUGGGACUAGUGUAAAUGGGACAUGUUGGUCGGUGUGGGCAAGUUGGGCCGAAGGGCUCGUUGCCACACUGUAAUAAAAUUUGUUAAGAAUUCAUCAAUCCCGUCCGUUAGGAAUUCUUAACAAUUGCACAUGAAAUGACAGAAAUUAACGACAAAUAGUUCUGCAAUAAUACAUGUUUCCAUAAAGCUCAUUGGAUACAACGUGAUUUAUGACCUAGAAACGGUAUUUUUAUUAGGGGGGCAAAUUGGGCAAAUUGUAACACAUAGACUUGAGGAUUUUUAGUUUGUGCAAAAAUAAACUUGUAGCUAGUGAAAACGCCUUUGGUUUGAAAGUCCAGCAGGGAAAAUAACUUGAUACAGCAAGUCUAAAACUCUCAGCCCCAAAACACUUUUUUACAUUGACAGAAUUAUUGUUAAACUGUAAUUAGUCUCAGCGGUUUCGUCAAAAUGUAUCGAUUGCCCUAUAGCAAUACCACCUAUAUUUUGUCAAAAAACUUUGGAAUGAAUUUCAGUUAGAGUAAAAGAGUCAAGAGUGUUUUAUUGUCAUGUGUCCCAGAUAGGACAAUGAAAUUCUUACUUGCUGCAGCACAACAGAAUAUGUAAACAUAGUACAUAACGGGAGUAAAAAAGUUCAGUGUGUAUAUAAACACAUGCACACAUACUCAAUAAAUAAACAAAUAUAGUGCAAUAAUAAUAAUAGUCUGUUGCAGUUCAGAGAUGAUUUGUUGUGUGUUUAAUAGCCUGAUGGCUGUGGAGAAGGAGCUGCUCCUGAACCUGGACGUUACAGUUUUCAGGCUCCUGUACCUUCUUCCCAAUGGCAAUGGUGAAAUGAGUGUGUGGCCAGGAUGGUGUGGGUCUUUAAUGAUGUUGAGCGCCUUUUUGAGGCAGCGACUUCGAUAAAUCCCUUCGAUGGUGGGGAGGUCAGAGCCGGUGAUGGACUGGGCAGUGGUCACAACUUUUUGCAGUCUUAUCCGUUCCAGGACAUUCGAGUUGCCGAACCAGGCCACAUUGCAACCAGUCAGUACUGUGCACCUGUAGAAGUUCAAGAGAGUCCUCCUUGACUUACCGACUCUCCGUAAUCUUCUCAGGAAGUAGAGGCGCUGAUGUGCCUUCUUUAUAAGAAAACACUGAGCAACCAACUUAACCAGAUAACAAAAGUGUAAAACCACAGUCUGUAGUAUAUUCAAAACCAAGUCCAUCGAAGAUCAUAGCUGCGGAGGCUAUUGUUCAGGAGACUGAUGGUUGAUUGGAAGAAACUGCUCUUGAAUCCGGAGGUUUUCAGGCUCCUGUACCUUCUUCCUAAAAAAGAAAAUGGGAGCAGCAAGAUGAGAGCGUGGCCAGGAUGGUGUGGGUUUUUAACUAUAUUGGUUGCCUUUUUCAGGCAGAACUUCCGAUAGAUCACUUUGAUGGUGGGGAGGUCAGUAGCUACGAUGGACGGGCAGUGUCCACCAUGGUGCCAUGAUGCAAAGUCUUUACCAGUCGGGGAAGGAAGCGAUUUCUGGGUCUUAACGCGUAUUAAUGCAAUAACACAAUAAAUUAACAAUCAGUAAUAUAACCAGUUCAUACUUCUUGAAAACCAAAGUCCGUAGUGGAACCAAAACAAUCUGCCUCAAUUACCUGCUCUGGCAUUCCAUAUACCCACCACCAUUCAUGAAAAGGUUACCCCUCAGGUCCACAUUAAAUCUUUCCCCUCUCACCUAGUUCUUGAUUUCCCUACCCUGGGUAAAAUUCGCUGUGCAUUCACCCUAUCAAUUCCACUCAUGAUUUUAUACACCUCUAUAAGAUCACCCCUCAUACUCCUGCUCUCCAAGGGAUAAAGUCAUAGCCUGCCCAAUGUCCCCCCUGUAGCUCAAGCCCUCCGAUCCUGGCAACAUCUUCGUAAAUUUCUGCACUCUUUCCAGCUCAAUGGCACCUUCCUAUAGUAAGGCGACCAAAACAACAUAAAACUGCACAGGCAGCACAGUGAUGCAGCAGGGUAACGUUGCUGUCUCCCAGCGCCAGAGACCCAGGUUAGAUCCUGACCUCAAGUGCUAUCUGUGAGGAGUUUGCACGUUCUCCCUGUGACUGUGCGGGUUUUCUUCGCGUGCUCCCAAAGGCAUGUUGGUUUGUAGGUUAAUUGGCUUCUAUAAAUUGCCCCUAGUGUAUAGUAAGUAAGUUUUAUUUAUAUAGCACGUUUUAAGUCAACUCGCAUUGACACCAAAGUGCUUUACAUAAAUUAAAUAAUAAGUUUCCAUAUAGAGAGUGGAUGAGAAAGUGGGAUAACAUAGAACUAGUAUGAAUGGGUGAUCGAUGGUGGACAUGGACUCGGUGGAGUGAAGGGCCAGUUUCCAUGUGGCACUUCUAAACGAGAGUAAACUAAACUAAUGCCCCUGUCCCACUUAGGAUACCUCUGGAGACUUUGUGCCCCACCCAAGGCUUCCGUGAGGUUGUAGGUGGUUGCCGGAGGUUGCAGGUAGUAGAAGCAGGUAGGGAGACUGACAAAAACCUUUGGGAACCUCCGGGAACUGCACGGAAACCUUAGGGUGGAGUUAUAUUCUCUGGUGAUGGUCUUGGAAUGGAGGAUGCUUCUCAAACUGUGGAGCAUCUUGGACAAUACAGCUCACCCCCUCCAUGACACACUGGCUAAUCUGAGGAGCACCUUCAGCAACAGACUGGAUCCACCAAGAUGCAGCACAGAACGCCACAGGAGAUCCUUCUUCCCUGUGGCUAUCAAACUGUACAACUCCUCCCCCUGAGCACUGAGAACAAUGGGGGCCCGGUGUGGGGGAGACAAAGAAGGGUCCAACAUUAUUUAAACAGUUUUUUUUGUCGACGCCUUUGUGCACUUUGAAUGCAAAAACAAAGAAUUUCACUGUUCCUGGGUAUAUGCAACAAAAUACCUUCAUCUUCACCUAUGUGCAUGUAGUUUCAUCUCAGUAAAUGUUUGUAUUUUUUGCAUCUUGUUCUGCUUGACCAUGUGUGAGUGCAUGUUUGCACAUGUUUACACAUGCUCAAACAUGUACCUGUUUAUUCUGGGGACGUUUAAACCUCCAGCGAUGUAUUUGGUGCAUGAAUUAGAGAACUCUUCUUGCAUGUUUAUUGCAGAUUCAUUGCAUAUUUCUGACUUUCUGGGAGGGAUUUGAGAGGGACCUCAAGGGUGAACUGUUUCGCUCGGAGAAUAGUCAACAGCAAGGAAUGAAGCCCUUCAGCCCAACUUGCCCACACUAACCUACACUAGUCAUACCUGCCCAUGUUUGGCCCAUAUCCCUCUAACCUAUCCUAUCCACAUUCCUGUCUAAAUGUGCCUUUCUUAAGCGUUGCCAUAGUCCCUGCCUCAACUACUUUCUCCGGCUGCUCCUUCCAUUCACCUACCCCUCUAUAUGUAAAAAAAAAGUUACUCCUAACGUUCAUAUUAAAUCUUCCAACACAGCAAGUUAGCGGGGCAGCGCUGUCCGCACAGAAUCUUCCGCAGGUUCUCUGCCGGGGUAA